ACAAGCAAAGAAGUGCACAGCUUGGGACUAGUGAAUCAACAGCCUCCAGUCCUGAAAUGUUUCGGCCACUUUGGGGCUGUUUCCUUGCAAUACUCGGAAUAUGUAUAUUCCAUAUCGGAGAGGUCCAAAGCCAGUGCUGGGAGAGCAGCCGAUGUGCAGACCUCAGCAGUGAAGAUGGUGUUCUGGAAUGCAUCAAGGCAUGUAAAACGGAUCUCUCUGCCGAAUCACCUGUGUUCCCAGGAAACGGACAUUUGCAACCUUUGUCGGAAAGUAUCAGAAAAUAUGUGAUGACCCAUUUUCGGUGGAAUAAAUUUGGCAGAAGAAACAGCACAGGGAACGAUGGAAGCAACACAGGCUACAAACGUGAAGAUAUUUCCAGUUACCCUGUAUUUAGCCUAUUUCCCUUAAGUGAUCAGAAUGCUCCAGGUGACAACAUGGAAGAGGAACCCUUAGACAGGCAAGAGAACAAGAGAGCCUACUCUAUGGAGCACUUCCGAUGGGGAAAACCUGUUGGGAGAAAGAGGAGGCCCAUUAAGGUGUACCCCAAUGGAGUGGAAGAAGAGUCUGCUGAGAGCUACCCCAUGGAGUUGAGAAGAGAAUUAUCCCUAGAACUUGACUAUCCAGAAAUCGACCUUGAUGAGGACAUUGAAGACAAUGAGGUGGAGAGUGCAUUAACGAAAAAAAAUGGGAAUUAUAGGAUGCAUCACUUUCGCUGGGGUAGUCCACCCAAAGAUAAGAGGUAUGGGGGAUUUAUGACUCCUGAGCGGAGCCAGACACCUCUAAUGACUCUUUUCAAAAAUGCCAUCAUUAAAAACUCCCACAAAAAGGGUCAGUAGGGAUCUUUAGGGUAUGGUUUCCAUCCAGAGCUCCAUCCAGAUACACCAGCGUGUUUUCAAUAGAUACAGUUCCAUUCAUUCAAUGAUCAAUGCCUAUGAAUUUACUUUGUAGUAGGAUAUUUAUCACACUUUUUCACUUGAUGUUUUAUCUCCUGUUUCUCUUAGUUCGGAAUGCACAGUACAGGAACCUCUCCGGUAAAAUGCUGACAUUGUAACGUUGUACAUAUAGAAAGAAAUAAAUGGUUCUAUGAGUGCAAAAUUGGAUUUUUUUCAGUUUGCUAAAUUAUUUUCAUAUCUGAUAAGAAAAAAUGUACAAAAUUGUAAAUGAAUGGAAAAAUAAAACUUUCAGAUCUUACUG